AUGCUCUCACCCAACGACAGAAUCAUCCGGAUCGGCGGUCGCUUGGGACAGUCGACACGACAUGAAGACUUCAAGCACCCAAUCCUGCUGCCAGGCUCUCAUUAUCUGUCAACACUGCUACUAUUGUCAUAUCACCAGAAACUUCUGCAUGCUGCCGCGCAGCUGAUGAUCAACACAAUUCGUAUUCGUUACUGGCUCUUGGGCGGAAGAGGGGCGGCUAAGCAGAUCGUACACAAAUGCGUCACCUGCGUACGCGCUCGACCGACGCUCAUCGAGCAGUUUAUGUCCGAGCUCCCGGCUGCUCGUGUAACUGCGUCUCGACCUUUUUCAAAAGUUGGCAUAGACUUUUGGGGACCAAUCUACAUUCAACCACGGCAUAGACGCGAUGCACCCAUCAAAACAUACGUUGCCGUAUUCGUCUGUUUUACGACGAAGGCGGUACACCUCGAAAUCGUUGCAAACUUGACCACCGCAAAAUUUCUACAAGCCUUCCGACGAUUUGUAUCCCGGCGUGGUCUAUGCUCUGACGUCUACACAGACAACGGGAAGAAUUUUGUGGGCGCAGCCGGCGAGCUAAAACACCUUUUGCAAAGCGCAGAGCACAAAGGUCAGGUAGCUCGAGAGUGCACGGAAAACGGCAUCCGUUGGCACUUUAACCCUCCCAAAGGCUUUCAUUUUGGCGGACUGUGGGAGGCGGCAAUAAAAUCGGCGCAGAAGCAUUUCACUCGGGUACUAGGCCCUCGAGUACUGGCGUACGACGACAUGGAGACUCUCCUAGCGCAGAUAGAAUGCUGCUUAAACUCCCGUCCGCUUACACCUCUAAGCGACGACCCAUCCGAUCUUGCUCCACUUACCCCGAGGCAUUUCCUUGUGGGUUCGGAAUUAAAGGCAAUUCCAGAUGUCAAUCUCGACUCAGUUCAGUACAAUCGGUUGACUCAAUGGCAGCAGACACAGAAAAUGUUCCAGGAAAUAUGGAAUCGAUGGCACCUGGAAUAUUUGGCUACGUUGCAGCCCAGAGCCAAGUGGUGCAACCCACCGGUACACAUCGAAAAGAACCGACUUGUCAACAUAAAAGAGGAGAAUAUUUCUCCGAUGCGAUGA